AUGGAAGCACUUGUUGUUGAUGCUGGCUCGAAGCUCCUGAAAGCAGGAGCAGCGAUUCCUGACCAGUCUCCCGCAAUGAUAAUUCCAUCUCAGAUGAAACGAAUGGUUGAUGAUGGGUCUUCUUCAGCUGAUAACCCAACCACUGUGUUUGAGGAUAUCACUCUUGAUCCUAUUGAAAGGGGGCUUAUCAAAGAUUGGGAUGCUAUGGAGGAUCUGUUGCGAUACGUUGUCUACACUGGUCUUGGAUGGGAAGAAGGAAACGAAGGCAAUAUACUUUUCACAGAUCCAUUAUGCACUCCCAAGGCGAUUAGGGAGCAAUUGGUGCAAUUGAUGUUUGAGACUUUCAAUGUCUCUGGAUUUUACGCAUCAGAGCAAGCUGUGUUAUCACUUUAUGCUGUUGGACGGAUCUCCGGUUGCACUGUUGAUAUUGGUCAUGGGAAGAUAGAUAUUGCUCCGGUGGUUGAAGGUGCUGUGCAGCACAUUGCCUCGAAAAGGUUUGAGCUCGGUGGAACCGAACUAACGAAACUACUAGCACAAGAGCUUGGAAAAUCCAACCCGUCGAUCAAUCUCAGCAUGGCUGAUGUUGAAAAACUCAAGGAGCAGUAUGCAAACUGUGCUGAGGACGCAAUCGCUUAUGCCAAAACCCAAAACUGUGAAAUCGAGCAGCAUACACUUCCUGAUGGACAGGUGAUCAACAUUGGGAGAGAGAGAUACUCUGUUGGUGAAGCUCUGUUUCAGCCAUCAAUAUUGGGAUUGGAGGAGCACGGAAUCGUUGAGCAGCUUGUCCGGAUAAUCUCCACUGUCUCAUCUGAGAACCACCGGCAACUCUUGGAGAACACUGUGCUUUGUGGUGGUACAACCUCCAUGACAGGUAAUGAUAAUAACUUAGUACAAUUGUAUGUUUUGAUGAUAUUCUUGGGGUNUUCGAAGUUUUUCUUUCUACCGAGGUCAUACCGCCAUUUUGUACUGGUUUUCUUCUCAUACGCCUGCUCACAAUUCAACACACAAGACAGUUUCAGCAAAGAAAGCUCAGAGCUUUAG